AGCAAUUAGAAUCGCCCCAAGGUUCCGUCACUGAACGCCAAAGAAGAAAAGAGUUGUCAUCAUGGUCAUAAAAGGUUAGAAGAACUUUAGGUGAACAUGUGAAGUAACAUGUCAAUACAUUUGGUGAACAGUAGAAGGAAGAUGUAUUUUGUUAGCUGUAGAUGAAAUUUGUUUGUUUUUGAAGUAUUUCAGGAAUAAAAGAGAAAUUUAUUAUAUAUGGAGAAAAAGAGGAAGGACCAAAAAUAGUGUACAUAAAAGAUAUUGCUGUUUAAAUGAUGAAGAAGAUGGAUGAAAAUUUCUCCAAGGAAUGAAAAGAUAUAUAUAUGGCAUAAGCAAUGACCAUUGCUCUCGUUGAAUGAGAUAAACUUUCAGGACAACCUCAGAAAAUUUUCCUGGUCACAUGGUCAAAUCAUAUUCACACAAUGAAUCUACUACCAAUCAAAAAGUUUUCUUGUGACAAAUGUGGUAAACUAUUUCAUCAGCAAUGCACACUUACAAUACAUCUAAGAUCACAUGAUACUGGAAAGAAGUAUGUUUGUCAUGUUUGCCGUAAAUCAUUUACGUUUAAGUCAGUAAUGUUGAAACAUGCAAUGUCUCAUAUGAUGGAAAAUAUUGGCAUAAUUUAUAAAGGAAAGAAUUCUUUUCAGAACAGACAAAAUGCCAUGUCAGAGUCAAGAAAAAACAAAUUUUUCAAGUGCACUACUUGUUCAAAAAAAUUUAGAAAUCAGGAAAGUCUCGAGGAACACAUUGAAAGUCAUAGAGAAAAGAGACAGUUGAAUUUAUUUACACAGAAAUCUGACAAUGCAGCACUACAUGAGGUACCAAUACAUCAGCAGAGUGGUUUUUCUUCAGACAAUAGUUCCCAUGACAUUGAUGUAGACAAAACUUUUAAUAACAAAAUCAUUAACUCCACAGACUUUACAAAAAAUGAGGAUGGCUGUUCAAAUGAUAGUUCUCAAGAUCUAUGGAUAGAAAAAGAAUCUUAUGUUAUCAGUGACAAUUCAUUUGAUAGCCAUUCAGAUGAAAAAGAAGCAACCACUUUUCAUAUGCAGGACUCUGAUGAAUACUCUAGCUCAACUUCAGUGUCCUCAAUUUCAGAUGAACCUAGUUUAAAGAACUUAGAUUUUAAUUGUGUUUUAUGUGGAAAAUCAUUCACUGCUGUUCCUUCCUUUAUUCACCAUGUUAACACACACCAACCUUCAUACCUUGAUAAAAACAGUACAAUAGAGCAGGAAGCAAAUGACAGAAUUUCUCAAGAAAGACCUACUUCACCUGAAAAUCAAGGAUUCAAUAAGAUAAAGCCAGUUUCUGAAGACUCAUCACACAUACAGGGAACCAGGAAGAAUAUUUCUGACAGGGAUGCAGUACAAACAAAACAAACCAGCAGGAAACUUGUUAAACUGAAUACAGAAUAUGUUAUAUUAGGAACUAAUAGAAAAUACAAAAAACCAAAUGAUGUUGGUAGUAAAAAAAAUAAAAUGUGCGAUAGAAACAAGCAGCCUUCCCUUUUAAACAAUAUUGAUACAGUGGAAAAACAAUUUAACCCUGCCAGGUCAGAUGAAUUAGCUGAGGGUAUGAAUCAGAUAGCGGAAAAUCAAUUUGAAGCUGACAAGUUGGAUGAAUUAGCUGUAAGAGAUGAUGGAAUGAGCAAGCCACUGGUAAAUCAUUUCCAAUCUGCCAAGUCAGAUGAAUUAGCUGUAAGAGAUAAUGGAAUGAACAAGCCACUGGUAAAUCAUUUCAAAUUCGCCAAGUCAGAUGAAUUAGAUGUAAGAGAUGAUGGAAUGAGCAAAACACUGGUAAAUCAUUUCAAAUCUGCCAUGUCAGAUGAAUUAGCUGUAAGAGAUGACGGGACUAAAGCCAAGGAAAAGGUUAAAACCAUAUUUAUAUGCAGAUGUUGUAAUAAGAAGUUUGCUAGCCGACAUUUUGUCAAAGAACAUUUGAACAUGUAUUUUGAAAUGGCGAUUAACAGAGUUGACAUAGAACAUAAACCAUUCAUCAAUCAAUUGAAGGAGGAUAAUGAGUUUGACAGGGUCAUUGAUAAAUUUAUUUACUCUAUUUCUACAGGAAAGUUAAAAAGCAUUACUCAUGGCUUGAAGAAAUCUGGUGAAAAGCAAAUUAUUUAUCAUUGUGCAAAAUGUCAGAAAAGUUUUGUAAAACAACAUCAUAUCAUUGCUCACAUAAAGAAUUGUAAACCAAAACCAAAAAAAUCUGAAAAUUUCAAAUGUCAAGAUUGUAACGGAAUUUUUAAGACAGACAUGGUACUGAAGAAACAUAUACUGUUGUGUCACAAUCAUUUGCAAGAAUCGAGGAAACUGAAAACAGAAAAGAAAUCUGUGGAAGACCCCAUUACAGAAAAACCAAAAGAACCAGAAGAGAACAAAGUAGAGAUCAGAAUCUGGAAUGAAACACAAAAACAGGAAAAGAAACUGAUUGAGAACAUGACUAGAUCAGGAAAGGUUAAGAAAUUAAAGGAAGUCACAACUGGAAAGGAAACUCCAAAACCAGAAAAGAUUUCAGAGGAAAACAAAAUUAGAAACAAAACAGUGAAUCAAGAAAACAAAUCAGGGAAAACAAACAUAAACAAACCUAGAAUUGAAAUGACUUGUCAAAGAUGUGGAAAAAUUUGUGAUUCUCUGAAGGAAUACAUAGAUCACAUAGACACAAGUCAUAAUUCUAAGCCAAAUGAAAUUAAUUCUGAUGCCGAAUUUAUUUGUGCACACUGUAACACCAGCUUUGAUUCUCAGUCCAAGCUGUAUUCACAUCUUAAAGGCCACAAAGAGUCUAAAAAACAGCAGAGUAAUUUGGAAAAAUACAAAGAUAAAAUGAUGUACAACAAUGAAACUGGACAAUGGGGGUGUACCAUUUGUAAAAAGUCUUUAUCUAACAAAACAAAUUUAUUAAGACAUAUUUCAUUGCACGAUGAAAACCUCAACGAAUCUCAUGUAUGUCCUUUCUGUAAUCGAAUGUUUAAAUAUCAUCGAUAUCUUAUGCAUCACAUUACCUAUAUGCAUAAUGGACAGGAAAAAGAAGAAUGUCUCAUUUGCCAUGCCAAAUUUACGAAAAAAACAAGUCUUCAACGUCAUAUGGAUCUCCAUACUGGAGAAUCCGUUCAAAAAAAGAUCCUAAAGUGUGAAGUUUGUGGAAAAAGAUUUAAAGGUGGUAAAGAGUUGAUGGUUCACACAAGAAUCCACACUGGUGAGAGGCCUUUCCCGUGUGACAAAUGUCAUUAUAAAGCAAUCAACUUAUGGAACUUAAAGCGACACUUAGUGACGCACGAAAAGGGAAGGAAGAGAAAAAGAAGUAAAAAAGAUAUUAUUGAUGUUAAUGAAGAGGAAAACAAUUCAGAAAGAAAGAUUAAAAUGAGAAUUUUACAUGGUAGAAGUUAUCUUAUGGAAGCAGAAAACACUAUAAGUGAUUGAGAAAGUUGAAGAAAUGGUUCAAAAGUUUAAAUUUAAAGUACAUCUUUUAUUUGAAAAUUUAUCAUGACAGUUGAAAAUUAUUUGUUUUUGAUAAAAAGGAGAUAACUUACAGUAUUGUAAUAGCAAAAUGUUACAAAAUAUCAAUGCAGCAGUUUAAAUAAGAUGUUACAGAAACUGAAAUUAUUGCUAAUCUAGUCCUCUUUAUUCAUGUUAUUUGCCAAGGUAUUUUAAGAGAUUUUUUUUGUUUAUUUAAAAACUUGAUGGUCAUGAUCAUGAUGAUUAUGAGUGCAAUUAUUUAAAUGGUCAAGGGGAGACAAAUCACUACAUUCCAUAUAGAUUUUUUUUUAAUUUUCUUUAUAGUUUGUUCAUUAAGAAUUUCAAUACAUAUAUGUAUACAAGCAUGAUAACUUUAUAUAAGUUAGAAUGGACCAAACAUUUUAUCCUAAAGUCUGUUAUUGUUUUGUUAUGAGUCUGGAAAGGAAAAGGGAACGUUGAAUCAAUAUUACAUGUGAAAUAUAUAUAAAUCAAGCAGUUAUAGCUCUUUUAACUUUCCUUAGGUGAUUUGUAAAUAAGAAUUUAAAGUCUGAACAAUGAAAAAAGCAUGACAGGUAUUAUUUGUUAUUAAUUAAUUUACAUUUAAUUGUUUAAAUAUAUGUAAAAAAAAAAAAACCUUCUUUUAGUAUCUAGUUCAGGCAACAAAAAAAAAAAUCUUAUGGUUCCAGAUAUGACCCUGAAAAUGUAAAGGUCAUAUCAAAUAUUUCUAUCUUGUGCCAUUACCUUUGUAUUUUUUAAACCAGUGUAAUUAAUACAUUCCAUUUUUCUAGUCAUUCCAAAUAAUUUUUUUUUUACAUCAAAUAUAUUGUUUAGCCACAGUCAUUUUGGUAUAGUAUAUUAUGUUAUUUGUA